UUUUACUUUGAUUUCUCUUUUGAUCCUAUUUACAUACAGAUUCUAUUGUCCUUAAUAUGGCAUAGUAUUAAUUUUCUUUUAUAAUUUUUUUCUCGAAUUUUUUGAUUAAUUUUGCUACGAAUUUCUCAGUAAGGAUGAUAAGAGAAUCUUCACAGAAAAAUAAAAAUGGGUAGAAAUAAUCCUGGUCUCUUUUUACUGUUUUCCAUUUAGUACAUUAUUGCUGUUAAUUUUUCAAAAAUGGGUUUUUUGGAGUAAAGUUUGUCCUUUUAUCUGCUUAAUCUAUCUCUUUCCCUUGGUGGUUUCAUGAAGAGAUAAUCUCUAGAUUGGUAUUGUGUUUGCAUCAGCAACAGCGGCCACUAACAUUCUAAAUUGGAGACUAUUGAUAAUUUUGUUUCCACUACUCUUUCCUUAUCAACAUGUUUCCUCUAUGCUUUGUUUAGGCUUACUGUUCUCUUAUUAAUAUCUGCAAUAAUUAGAAUGUAUACAUUGUAAAAGAAAUAAUGAUCUUAUUAUUGAAUCCAUGGCCAAUUUAUAGUGCACCUUAACAUGCUGCAAAACACCAAGUUGAUGGUAAUUUUGUAGGAUUAAUCACCCUUUCAAUGUUGCAUGCCCUUUGGUUCAUGUUUGUUGCUACUUCCCUUUCCAUUUUGAACAGUGGUAUUACCUCAUGUUCAUUUCAAAUGAAAAAAAGACAAGCUUUCCGCCCUGUGGAUUGUCAUGUGUAUGUGGAGGAAUUUCAAUUUUCAACGCGGGAAAUAUGUCGUCCUCCUCUCUGAAAGACCAUUUAUCGGAGAAAACAUUUCUUUUCGGUCUUAAACUAUGGGUGUUGAUCGGGAUACUCGUCGGCGCGUCCAUGUUGGCUAUUCUUUUCGCUAUCGUUAUAUGCCUUAAUUAUAGGAGUCGGAGACGGCUUAAAAGAGGUUCCACCAAUCUUCCCAUCACCCAGAUUCCCCCAGUUUCGAAGGAGAUCAAGGAAGUGAGAGUUGAGCAAGUCCCAGCUAACAACUUUGUUGCCCAUGACGGUAUUUUACUCACAAUUCACGACAAAUCUAAUGAAAAAGAAUCGGAUAAGGUUAUGGUUCAUUUGGGCUUGGGGAAAUCAAGACAUGGCGGUGACGAGAGCCAUUCUGGCUCCUUCCAUUAUGUCGACAAUAAAGAUGCCAGCUCCCAAUCUGGUGAAGAAGGAAGUUCCGGGACUUUUGCUGCUUACAGGCAGUCUUCAGCGUACCCCAUAACGGCCCCUUCGCCUUUGAUUGGCCUGCCUGAAUUCUCCCACCUCGGCUGGGGUCACUGGUUUACUUUGAGGGAUUUAGAGCUCGCGACGAACCGGUUUUCUAAGGAUAAUGUUCUUGGUGAGGGUGGCUAUGGUGUUGUUUACCGUGGCCACCUUAUUAAUGGUUCUCCAGUGGCCGUUAAGAAGCUUCUCAAUAAUUUAGGGCAAGCUGAGAAGGAAUUCAGAGUGGAAGUUGAGGCUAUUGGUCAUGUGCGCCACAAGAAUUUAGUUCGCCUUUUGGGAUACUGUGUAGAGGGCACUCAAAGGAUGCUUGUCUACGAGUAUGUCAACAACGGAAACCUUGAACAAUGGCUUCACGGAGCUAUGCGCCAGCAUGGUUCUCUUACCUGGGAGGCUCGUAUAAAGAUUCUUCUAGGAACGGCGAAGGCCCUUGCUUACUUACACGAGGCAAUUGAACCAAAAGUUGUGCACCGAGACAUCAAAUCUAGUAAUAUUUUGAUCGAUGAUGAAUUUAAUGCGAAAGUGUCAGAUUUUGGGUUAGCGAAGCUUUUGGGUGCUGGUAAAAGUCACAUAACUACUCGAGUUAUGGGAACCUUUGGUUAUGUAGCACCAGAGUAUGCAAACACUGGACUUCUAAAUGAAAAGAGCGAUAUUUACAGCUUUGGUGUUGUUCUUCUAGAAGCAAUUACAGGGAGAGAUCCUGUGGACUAUGGUCGCCCUGCAAAUGAGGUCAAUUUAGUUGAUUGGCUUAAAAUGAUGGUUGGUAGUAGACGCUCAGAAGAAGUGGUUGAUCCCAAUAUAGAGGUGAAACCUCCUACGAGAGCUCUGAAGCGUGCCCUCUUGACCGCUUUGAGGUGUGUCGAUCCCGAUGCUGAGAAGAGACCCAAGAUGGGUCAGGUGGUCCGCAUGCUUGAAUCUGAUGAACCAAUUCCGCGCGAGGAUCGGAGGCACCGGAGAAACCGCGGUGGGAGCAGCGAAAUCGAAACCCAGAGGGAGAAUUCCGACACAGAAAAGAGCGACAAUCCGGAUUCGAACCCUAGCAGCGCAAGAAACAGGCCCCCUCCAACCAAAUGAGGCGGCAAUUUUUUACUGGAUAUUCUCGCUCUAAAUUGGCUCAAAACUGCUUUAUCGGCGGGGCGGGUGGGAAACCACAAGCUCCGAUCGAGAUCGAGCGCGGCCAUUGAAUCGAUGUAAUAUUUUCGAGCAUUUUCCAUCCUCUUUUUUUUCCGGUUGUAGAGAGGGGUUUGUUUUAGGUGUAUGUAUGGUGUUGCAGAAGUGAUUUUAAAGGACAAGUGUGUGUGUACAGAUUAGCUUCUUGAUGAUUUGGGAUGUUUAUGAACCUGGAGAAUCAUUUUGUCGAUGUAAUUCCUCGAUUUAAGAUAUGUUUUCUCACAUUUGUUUCUUCA